UGGGCCACCGGGAAUGCAGACGCACCCUUUUGUUGUUGGCAACGCGCCGCGGCAAACAAAAAAACGCUUUCACAGUCAGCUCGCUCGCCAACUCCCCAGCGAUUCACCACUUGUCAUCAAACACAUCGCAUCCAACAACACCAACCAGUCCAGACACACGCGCACACACGCACACACAUACGCACACACGUUGUUACACACGUUGUUACACACGCCUACGUACACACACCUACGUACACACGGCUACCACACACACAGGUACAGACGCACAGGCACACAAUCGUCGUCCGCACAGAUGGGCGAUUACUAUCGUGGGCGGCCAAUGCGGUCAUCAGCCAUGGAUCCCCGGAUGGCACGUGGCGGUGUCGCGGGUGGCGGUGUUGGAGGGUACCAGAGCUUGGAUCGGGCAAGGAUGAUGUCCUCGUUCGAGUACAGGAACAGGCAACACCAACAGCAGGCUGGGCCGGGCGUGGGCAUGGGUAUGGGCGUUGGCGGCGGCUACAUGGGCGGUGGCAUGGGAGGCCGCCAGUACUCAGGCCACAUGGAUGAUGGCAUGGGCCCCGCACCGCCAACGCGACAGGGCUCAGACUCGGCCUCGGAGCGAUACACGCGGCUCCUGGAACGCGACAUCGAGACGCUGCGCGAAGAGCUGCGAGCUGCGCGGGAAAAGGCAGAGAACCCAGAGCUGCUGCGCGAGCUCAGGGAUGCACAGGAGGCGCUGCGCCACGAGAAGCAGAUUGUGGGGGAUCUCGAGCGGCAGGUGGCUGCUGGCGAGACCACGGCUGCCCAACUCACACACCUCCAGCAGGAGUGCGAUCAGCUGCGCCAGGAGUACCGCGAGCAACAGCUCGAGCUCACGCACAUGCAGCGCGAUCUCUCGCACGCGCAGGACGCAGCAGCGGCCGCGGAAUCGCGCGAGGAGCGGCUCAAGGGUGAGCUGGAGCGUGUGCGGGAGGAUGCCAACGCCCGCGACCAGCGCAUCUCCGAGCUGCAGCACGAGAACCUGCAGCUGAAGCGCCAGAGCGACCGCAACAAGGAGGCAGCGGGCCUGCAGCACAGCCGGGAGGUCUCUGGACUGCAGAUGGAGGUGUCCUCGCUGCAGCAGCGCGUGGCAUCGCGCGAACACGAGCUCAAGUCCCGCGAGCACACCAUCGAGACGCUGCAGAACCAGCUGAAAAAGGAGGUGGAGCGCAGCAGGGAGACGCAGGGCGAGUACGAGAAGACAGUGGCGCAGCUGCGGCAGGCGCGCGAGGAGCUGGAACGCACGCUCCGGUCGACGGUGCAGGACAACGAGGCCAAGGACGCCACGCUGGGCAGCAAGGAGGACCUCAUCUCCACCCUGGAGGAGCAAAAAGCGGACAUGCAGGCGCACAUGGACGAGCAGCGGUCGACAAUUGCGUCGCUGCGAGACGACAUCACGGCUCUCACGGCUGCCCAGGCGGAGAAGGACGAGGAGAUUGAGAAGCUGACGGGGCAGGUGUCGUCGUUGGAGACGCAGGUGCUGACGGCGGAUGAGCUGCGGCAGGCCGAGGAGGAGCGUGUGGAGCGACAGCGCAAGCUGUACGAUGAGUUGGCGGAGAUCCUGCAGGCCACGGAGGGCCAGCGGCAGAGCGGGAUGGUGAGCAGCAAGGCGCGCGAGGUUGUUGCUGCGCGCGAUGCCCUGGAGGCAGACUUGCAGGCCCUGCGCAAGGAGUUUGCAGUUGUGCAGCGGGAAAGCAACGCCAAGGACACAACCAUUGCGCAGAUGGAGCGGGCAGCGGAACGAAACGCCGCAGAGCGCGAGCGCAUGGACGGCGAGGCGACGUCGCUUCGGGAGGAGUUGCUUGCACGCACGCGCGAGCUGAAGGAUGCUACCAUUGCGCAAGAAUCGCUCACCCGCGAGGCACGGCUGCAGGAGGAGCGCAUCGGCAGAUACGAUGACAUCAUCGCUGAGAAGGACAAACAAAUCGAGGCGCUGAACCGAAGACUGGACGAUGUGCGCGUUGACGGCGACAGCAAAGCAGACGACAUGCGAGCCACCAUCUCCCGCGCCGAGGAAUUGCACCAGCGCGAGGUUUCACGACUCAAGGCAGAGGUUGCCAACCUCAAGGAGACGAACCGCACGGACCGCUACUAUGCAGAUGUGUGCCAUCGCAUCAGCCUUGCGCUCAGUCUGGACACGGAUGUCACCGCGAGUGCACAUGCAGAGAACCUCUACCAGGCCAUUGAGGCCCUCAAGCGCAGGGCCGAUGUGGCGGAGAUGAAUGCGGCCAAUGCCCUCAACUCACAAUCCGUCAACAUCUGGUCGGCCAGCCGCCCUGCAACAUCACACGCGCUGUCUGCGGACCACCUUGACUAUGGGCGCAUGCGCGGGGAGCGAAGCAUGAGAAUACGCAUGGACGAGCUGGAGGAGGAUGCCGCAAACGCGCGAAUCGAGUUUGAGGGCUUCAAGCGGGAGGUCGCACGCAUGGUGCACUGUAAACAUGCACACGAUGACGAAGCCAUCCUUGACACGCUGCGGGCAGCACUCAAGGAGCGCACGCACAAACCGACGUCUCCGAGCGAGCGGCGGCGCGGCGGACGGAAGCGCGCGGAUUCAGACAACGAAUCACACGAACGCGAGAUGAAGAAGCUCAAGCGCAAGCUCUCGGCUGCACUCAAGACGAUUGAGUCGCAAGAGAUUUGGAUCACCGCCAUGGAGAAGAAGCUGAAGCACGCCAAAGGGAGCACGUCUUCACUGCAAGAUGAGGAGAUUCGCUCCCUUCAGGCAGAGGUCGCGCACUGGAAGAACCAGGCCAUAACGAGUCGACCGGCAACUGCGCACGUGAGCACAUCGUCCCUGUCACCGUCCGCGGGCAUGCUGGGGCCAAACGACAUUCUCGCCUUCAAGAACACCAUUUCGGAGCUUGAGGCGCGCUUGCAAAAACACAUUGACUUCCGCGCGAAGGUGAUUCGGGCACUGCGCAUGCCCGUGAUCAGCGCGACAGAUGAGGAGAUCCUGAACGCCAUCGACAACGCCGUCAGGGCGAGCGCCUCCAAACGAAGGGAAGAAUUUGGCCAACGCACCAUCUUCUAAUCUGCUGAUGUGUGUGUGUGUGAGUGUGAGUGUGUGUGUGUGAAGCCUUAGGAAGGGCGCGCGUGGUAGGGGAAGGGCGCGAUUCCCAGAGAUGUUUAGGCGUUCGCUGCAGUGGUGAUGUGUGCAGCAUGUCGCUGUGCUACGUUGUGUUGUUUGGUGUUGUUGUGUGCCAUAGCUGCAUCUUUUUUUGUUUGUUUCUUGUGCGUUUAUGCGAUCCGUUCAACCUUAUGUGAACCUUGUCCACACCAACUGCUCAACUGAAGAACUGACAUUCUCGUGUCAGUUGCUUGUUACUGUUGCUUUCUCUUGCUCGCUUGCCUGCAUAUUUGUUGCUGGCAGUGCUUGCUAGCUUGUAUUGUUUCUCCAUCCAUUGUACAUCAAAUGUCAUGCGACA